UCUUGGAAAACAAGUUUUCCAUUACCCGUUCGUUUAAACCCUAACAGAGAAACAGAGGGUUUAAGCUCGCGGCACGCAGUGAAACCACGAAUCUUCUUGAUGAUCCAUUUCGAAGGUGCAUUCUAAGCCAUGACCGCCGCUAGGUUAACCUCAUGCGUGGUCGCCACCACAGCUGCGGCGGCGGCUUCCUAUUCCGCGCGCUCCGAUCGUGCAUACGCCGACUCUCGCUUUCGCUUCCCCUUUUUCUCAUCUUCACCGCCUUCAAAUUCCCCUUCGUCGUCUGACCAGGCUUCUGACACCAAAUCCGAAACCCCGCCACCCGAUGAAUCCAGCAAGUCGGGUUUCGAUUCUCCGGAAUUGUUAGAAAGAGCUGCUCGAGCUCUCCGUAAAAUCAAUAAUUCUCGGUUGGCCAAAGAGGUGUUUGCUAUAAUGCGUGCACAGGAAAAAACUCGCCUCGCUGAAUUAGAUGCUGAAAAAGUUCACUAUGAACUCAUUCAGGCUCAUAAUGAUAUUGAAAGGCAGCGGAAAAUUGUUGAAGAGCAACGAAAUCUAUUACAAGACCAAGCCCAGAGAGAGGCCCAGGCGCGCCGACAGGAAGACGAUCUGGCAAGGAAAAGAAUGCAGGCAGAUCAUGAAGUUCAAAGGCAAAAUAAUGUUGAAUUGGUCAAGAGGCAAGAGGAGUCUGCUGUAAGAAAGGAGAGGUCAAGACAGGCUACAGAAGAACAGAUCCAAUCUCAGCAACGUCAGACUGAGAAAGAGAGAGCUGAAAUGGAAAGAGAAACCAUCAGAGUUAAGGCAAUGGCAGAGGCUGAAGGUCGAGCCCAUGAAGCAAAAUUGACUGAGGAUCAGAAAAGGAGAAUGCUUGUUGAUCGAAUUCAAGGUGAAAGAGAUAAAUGGCUUGCUGCAAUUAACACAACUUUUAGUCAUAUCGAAGGUGGUCUAAGGGUCUUAUUGACUGAUAGGGACAGAUUGCUUAUGACUGUUGGAGGAGUCACUGCAUUAGCUGCAGGUGUAUAUACAACUAGAGAAGGUGCAAAAGUUACAUGGGGCUAUAUUAAUCGGAUUUUGGGGCAGCCAUCAUUGAUCCGGGAAUCAUCCAUGGCAAAGUUUCCAGGGGCAAGGAUCGUUUCUCAAGCCAAGAAUAAAGUUUAUAGUACUUUGGGCGGGGCAGAAAAGCCUAUUGGGAGUCAAAAUGGUCUUGGAAAUGUGAUCCUCCAUCCAUCGUUGCUAAAAAGAAUACAGCAUCUUGCACGGGCAACAUCAAACACUAAGGCCCAUCAGGCACCAUUUCGUAAUAUGCUUUUUUAUGGGCCUCCCGGGACUGGUAAAACCAUGGUUGCAAGGGAAAUAGCUAGAAGAUCGGGUUUGGAUUAUGCCAUGAUGACCGGAGGAGAUGUUGCGCCUCUUGGCGCUCAGGCAGUCACCAAAAUUCAUGAGAUAUUUGAUUGGGCCAAGAAAUCAAGAAAAGGCCUGUUGCUUUUUAUUGAUGAGGCAGAUGCUUUCCUUUGCGAGCGAAAUAGCACAUAUAUGAGCGAAGCUCAGCGAAGUGCUCUAAACGCAUUGCUCUUCAGAACUGGUGAUCAGUCUAGAGACAUAGUACUUGUUCUUGCCACAAACAGACCAGGAGAUCUUGACAGCGCAGUUACUGAUCGCAUUGAUGAAGUGAUUGAAUUCCCACUUCCGGGAGAAGAGGAGCGUCUAAAAUUAUUGAAGCUCUAUCUGAACAAGUAUCUAUGUCAUGACAACAAUGGCUCCAAGGGAGGCUUGUUGCUGAAGAAGCAACCCAAACAGAUUACUAUAAAAGAUUUAUCUGAAGAUGUGCUCAAAGAGGCUGCCAAGAAAACCGAGGGCUUUUCUGGCCGUGAGAUAGCCAAACUUAUGGCCAGUGUCCAAGCUGCUGUUUAUGGUCGCCCAGAUUGCGUCUUGGAUUCCCAGUUGCUUAAAGAAAUUGUGGAUUACAAGGUGGUGGAACAUCAUCAACGGUUACAACUUGCAUCUGAAGGCGGCAUUUUCAGCUUUUAAAUCUGAAUCCCCAUUUUGACCUGCUCUUCUGGGAUUUUUCUUCUGCAUAUUAUUCUUCAUCUUGUUAUCUUUGUCAGUAUUUGUGGCCGAUGAAGUAGAUUCAUUUAUAAAUUAAUCUAGAUGCAUCUCGUCUGCAAAAUUUUCAGGAUACUGUGGCUUUAUUUGUUAGGAAUGAGAGAUGCUUUAUUACAUUCUAUGAAACAAGAAGCUGGGCCUUGACUCUUGAGAGCAGAAGUCAAUUUACCUUGAUUAUUUAAUUUAAAAUAUAAAGUUGUAAUUUACA